GCCAUCCCCUUCCUUUCUUUGUCUGUCUGCUGGAGGGGGAACAAACAGGGUGGAAGAGAGAGAGAGACACACAGAGAGAGACAGAGAGAGAGAGAGAGAGAGAGAGAGACAGACAGAGAGAGACAGAGAGAGGGGAGGGGGAGAGGGGGACGAGUGUGCAGGAAGAAAGGAAAGAAAGAAAGAAUGAAGGAACUGCAGUCAUCUGUGUGACACCGUCUGUCUGUCAGAGACUGGAAGUGAAGUCAGGUGCUGUUGUUGUGGUGUCACACUUCUGCACUGGAGGGAUUCCCACACACACUAGUGUGGCUGGAUGUAUCACACAGAGCACCAGUAUUCUGGCCGGUACUCAUGGGACUCCUUCCCCUCUGGCGGUUCCAGCAGGGCUUCAUGGGCUCCCGGCUCCAGCCGCCACUUGCCCCCUCCAUCCAGGGGCAGUGGUGGAGGGUACCAGUCAACCCUGAGCCAUGCGUCAGGAAGAAACUAUCACAAAGCUUAUAACAAUAGACCUCCGGAGUUCAACAGGCACAGAGUUCAUGAUCACCCCAGAGAGAGAGGGCCAAACAGUAGAGAUCGAGUCACAUCAUGGUCUUGGGGUUCGAAUCAGCACCAGAACCCUGACCGGCCCACUAUGAAUGGAUACAGCUCAGGAUGUGGAGGACGUGUUCCCAAUAAUCAGCCUCCAAGGUAUGGAGGCCCUCACCAGCAGCACCGGACCCCAACGGCAGACAGAUGGAGUCCAGUGGCCUCAUCCAGAUCAUUUCAAAGUCCCUCAAUUAAACGUCCGGCCCCCAGAAACCCCUCACCAUCAAGAGAUGACUGUCCCAGCAAGAGAAGUAAAAGCGUCAGCUCACACCAGGCUCUUCACUCCAAAAUUAAGCACCCUAUGCCUAUGAAUCGCCCUCCCUUGUCUCAUUUCCCUCGCACCUGUAGUCCUCCAUACCGCAGUGAUGCCCAAUGGAGUCAGUCAAAUAAGAGACAGUCUGCUUCAGGCUUUCAAGAGUCUAGUCAGUCCAACAGCAGAGAUCACCUCCACAGGAUCCAUCCAGCGUUCUCAUCUACCCUUGGUGGCCCUGGCCAAGAUUUCCACAGCUCAAAGUCCCUGAAACUCGGCCACCUCCACUCUUAUGGCCACCAAACCCAUGAUCACCUGGGAUCCCAUGGAACCAAAGGGGACUGGGAACGUUCUGUACCGCCCUCACCAGCAAACCUCACCAGAGUGCCUUAUAGCCCCCAGCACCAGCCUCCAGCGGGCCCACACUGGCACCCAGUACCUCAUGCCAGCCGUGGUUCACCCACGCCAGCCUGGAAGGACAAGCAGAGCAGUGAAACCAGGCGCUCUGGUCUAGGGCCUGAAGAGUGGCAGCAACUGCAAGGGCUGAAAGAGGGAGGGCGGCAUCACAGCACCCCAAAACACACCCAGCUCCAUUGCAGCCCUGAAGGCAGAAGUGUUCGAUAUGGCACCACCUGUGGGAGAGCAAGCCUGUCCCCAAGCCCUGAACCUGGGUCCAGCUCUCAGAGGCUAGAGGGGAAGAAAAUCAGGGUUUCUAAACACCGAGCUCCAUCGACUUACACUAAGCCCAGCCACUCUAACCAUGGUGGCCAGGAGAGCCCAAUUCGUCGGCUGGACACAGACAUGUUAAAGCAUGUAGAAACCAAGAAGAGACACCGAGAGCGAGAGAGAAAACAAGAGAGGAAAGGGGAGGAGGGGGCAGAUGAACGAAAGGCAAGGCUACUAAGAAAACUAGAGGCAAAGAAAAAGAAAAAGGAGAGGCAAGAGAAAAGGGGCCACCGGGAAAGGAAAGGAAGCCAUAGAAAAGGGGGACAGUCUGAUAGAAAUACAAAAGAUGAGAGGAAAAGAGCAAGGAAAGCAGAGAGAAAUGGCAUCAAGAAAGGAGAAAAGGACCAUUUAAGAAGAGAGAUGUCUCCCCAGACUCCUUGUGAGUCACCGAGUAAAAGUCCAGACUCAGCCAUCUUUGAGUCUCCGCCCCCGGCAGCUUUUACAGACACAUCACUGUGUAUUCCCAAAUACACAAAACAUGAAGAAGAGGAGGAGUCCAGCUGUGACUCUGACUCUUCACACACCUCAGGGUUCAUUUUGCCCUCCACUCCCCCUUUAGCAAAUCAGAACCAUCCGCUUCAAUGUCAAUCAAAGGACAUUGCUAAUAACAUAACCUCAGAAAGUAACAACAGCCUGCCAUCCUCUGAGCCUACAAGUCCAAACACCAGCAGUUUUGGGACUCAAGACAAGCAGCUUGACCAGGAGGACAUUACCUCUGAACCCCCUGCUAGCAGUGAGCAGGAGUUGCCACUGUUGGAUCACUCCAGUGGUUUAGAGGAAAAAAUUCCUAAGCCUGAGGAGAAGAACCAACAUGCUCCAGAUCUACUUCCUGCCCACAGCAAUUCUAUGGAGGACCAUCUGCGACUGGAUCCCUCAGCUAGCCCCCCGGUACUGAGCUGGCAGGGCUCCCCUGUUUCAGAUCUCAGUGAGGAAGAGGAGGAUGAAGCAGGGGCUAACAUAGCAGGAGUAAUCAGGAGACCAGUCCUCCAGCCAAGCCCCACUCAUUCUUCUCCAAUCCAAGACCCAGAGGAAAUCUGGAAAGAGCCAGGUCAUCCCAUGGAUCUGGACUACCGCCACAGUGACUUGGCAAAACUGUAUGGCAUUGCUGAGUCUUUAAAAGUUAUGGAGGAAGAAGAAGACAAAGAACCCUUAGCAGAGCAGCAGGACAGUAGCACAACAACCUCUCAGGGACCACAUCUGCAUGACACUGAUGAUAUCAUGGCCACAGACAGCCAUAAGUACACCUACAGAGGUGGCCCCUUUGGUCGGCCACCUCCCAACACAACGGCUAGGGUCAAAUACUCUUCCUCACUCUCACUGGGACCAGAGAUACACCAUCCAGAGCAGCACAGCCCAACCUCCACAUCCCCAAGAGCUGUGUCUCCAGUGGCCAUGCCCUUGACCAGCCUUUCCCCUUCCAUAUCUACCUCAGACCUUUCAAAGCCUGACAACAACAUGCAGGCAAAUGAAGAGAAAAAAGAGGACAGAGUUGUUCAGAAGGAAGGUGAUGACAUUAUCGAAGCUGUAGAAUCAUUAAAAAAACCAAUCUGUACCUCUUUGGUGAAGGAGAAUGAGGUCAAGGUGUUGCCCUCUGCCUUGUCGCCUGCUACCUUGCAGGCUAAACUGGCACACAGCUGUGAAGUGCUGCUGAACCAGAGCCCCAGUACCCUCCUUUCAUCAGAAGUGAACAGUGGAAAGGAAAAAUCUAAAAGCAAACUGGAGAAGAAGAAGCAAGGGCAAGGCAGGGACAGAAAGAGAGAGCAGCAGAAGAAUCAGACAACAAAGACCGGCAGCAGUGAUAUAACAGAGCCAAGUAUCAGAGAGGGAAGACAGCAUAAAAAGCAGAAAAGGAAUGCCAAAAGUGAGAAACAGCAUUGCUCGUCUGGUAGUGAACCUGCCAAACAGCUUGCCAAGGUCUGCAACAAACAAGAGGUAGUAGAGAGGAAGCCAACAGAGACAGCAAAGGAGCAAAGAAAAGGGGAUAAGGAGAGAGCCAAAGCUAAAGAGGAAAACAAGGAGGAAGAUGCAGAAAUGACAAAAACAAUCUUGUCCAGCGGAAAUGGCUCCAGUACAGCUCCAGCUGUUCGGGUUCUGUCCUCUGUGCCGCUGAAAGAGCUAAAGAUUCAGCUGGUGAAGCUCAAGAUCAGUGGGAGGCAGACCUUCAUUGCCUCCGAGUUUGAGCAGAAGAGGAUCCCGCUGAAAGAGAUUAGCAUCAACAACAGUGCAGCAGAGAUCAUUAGAGCCUGCAAAGAUGCGAAGGUGCAGGGUCGUUUCCGUGAGUCCUAUCUGCUUCCUUCUUUGUCUGUGAAGCCUGUGCUGAAUGUCGAGUCUCAGAUUCCCCGAGAGAAGCUCAACCCGCCCACGCCCAGCAUCUAUCUCGAAAGUAAGAGAGAUGCAUUUUCUCCGGUGCUGCUCCAGUUCUGCACAGAUCCCAAAAACCCGGUUACUGUUAUCCGAGGCCUGGCAGGAUCACUCCGACUCAACCUGGGUUUGUUCUCCACUAAGUCUCUGGUGGAGGCGAACGCUGAACAUGCAGUGGAAGUGAGGACUCAGGUGCAGCAGCCGGCUGAUGAGAACUGGAACACGACCGGCUCAGCUCAGACGUGGCCGUGCGAGAGCAGCCGAUCUCACACCACCAUCUCCAAGUACGCGCAGUACCAGGCCUCCAGCUUCCAAGAGAGCCUACAGGAAGAGAAGGACAGCGAGGAUGAAGACGAAGGAGAGAGUAAAACAGAGUCAGAAUCACAGACUCCAUCCAGUAGCCCUUCCUGCACACAGAACUCAGAGCAGAAGUCCUUCGGCAAAAUCAUCAAGUUUGGUACCAACAUCGAUCUUUCUGACCCAAAGAGGUGGAAGUCGCAGCUGCAGGAGUUGUUGAAGUUGCCCGUGUUCAUGCGCGUCUCCUCCACGGAGAACAUGCUGAGCCACGUCGGACACACCAUCCUCGGCAUGAACACCGUCCAGCUGUACAUGAAGGUCCCAGGCAGCCGCACACCAGGACACCAGGAGAACAACAACUUCUGCUCGGUGAACAUUAACAUCGGCCCUGGAGACUGUGAGUGGUUUGCUGUACAUGAGCACUACUGGCAGGCCAUCAGCCACUUCUGUGAGAAGAACGGAGUGGACUAUCUGACGGGUUCGUGGUGGCCGGUUCUGGAUGAUCUAUAUCGCUCCAACAUCCCCGUGUACCGUUUUAUCCAGCGUCCCGGAGAUUUAGUGUGGAUUAACGCAGGAACCGUUCACUGGGUUCAGGCCGUCGGCUGGUGCAACAACAUCGCCUGGAACGUGGGGCCGCUAAACUCCUAUCAGUAUCAGCUGGCCCUGGAGCGCUUUGAGUGGAAUGAGGUCAAGAAGGUCAAAUCGAUUGUUCCCAUGAUUCACGUCUCCUGGAACGUAGCCCGUACAAUCAAGAUCACCGACCCAAACACUUACAAAAUGAUCAGACAUUGCCUCCUGCAGUCAAUGAAACACAUCCAGAUCCUGAGAGAGCAGCUCAUAGCAGAAGGGAAGAAGAUCUGCUACCAGAGCCGCGUGAAGGACGAGCCGGCCUACUACUGCAACGAGUGUGACGUGGAGGUGUUUAACCUGCUCUUCGUCACCAGCGAGAACAGCAGUAGGAAGACGUAUGUGGUGCACUGCCAGGACUGCGCUCGUCGGAGGUGCUCCACCCUCAGCGGAGUCGUCGUGCUCGAGCAGUACAGAGUGGAGGACUUGAUGAACACCUACGAUAACUUCAGCCUGGCUCCUGCGCCGUGUUCAAAAUGAACCCAAGGUGUUUGAUGUCACACAGCCAUGACCAAAUCUCCUGCUCGCUCGCCAGCAGCAGUGCCAACGUUCAGUUCUCUUGUUUAUUUUUUAUCAUUAUUUUUAUUGUUGUUAUUAUUUUUUAAAAUCAAAAACCACUACUGCGGACUCUCCAAUCCACAAGCUGUUUACUCGACACUGUUUACAGAACCACAUCAGCAGGUGCUUCAUUGACUCGCUCGUCUUCCCCCUUCACCAGCUACUGGAGUCACGACGCUGUUACGACGCUGUUACGACGCUGUUACGAUGCGUUAUAAGCGCUCUGAGGUCAGACUGGCCAGAGACGUGCCACACACAUACACACCGGCACACACUGGACCCAGGCGCGUAAUACAAACUGUGUUUUUUUUUAAAUGAAGCUCUCACACACACACACACACACACACACACACAAAGAGCAAACAAACUGCUGUGAUCGUUCACAAUCGCCGAAACAUGUGAACUCAUUCAGGUACUAUUGUAGUUUACAUUUAUGCAAAUGUCUCAGUUUAUUUAUUCGGCGUCUCUGGUGCUUUUAUACGACACGAUAUAACAGCAGGGGAAGGAGCCACACACACACACACACACACACACACACACACACACACACACACACAGGCAUUACGAGGGGUUGCUACAAUGAUAUUGUCAUGAAUACAUUUACUACAACGCUAAACUUUCUAAAUGCUGUUUGCAUACUGAUCUGGGUGCUAUUAUUUUUACUUUUUUAUUUUUUUAAUUUUUAAAGGUUUUCAAAAAGAGAGAAAAAAACUUUAACACCAUUUUGGCCUUGUGACAGAUUUAAAAUGGAAAAAAAAAACAAAAAAAAUGAAGAAAGCAGUAAUGCAAUAUUAAUGAUUUUUACUACAAUAUUGCAUUUUUCUCAGAGCAUUAACAAUUUUCACAAAUGUUAAAAAAAAAAACAACAACAAUACGGGUUCAAAUCUUAUUUGCAUUUGUCCAGAAAACCUUGUGAGUGUUUAGUGAUUUUUUUAAUUAUUACUAUUGUUUAAAAAAAAAAAAAAUAAUGAUUCCUGUUGUUUUUUUGUUUCUUUAGUCUUGUUUGUUCUGCAUUUUUUUGAAGAAUUUGAUUUGCAUUCUUUUUUUUUUUUUUGAAAUUGUGAUUUAUUUAUUCGACUGCUUCGGGUGUAUUUAUUAAAGCGUACGUGGUGCUCCUCUUAACGAGGGAAGUCCAGAUUUUGUAAAUGAAUUUUCAAUAAUUAACCCUUUCAGACCCAUUUUGAAGGCACAACAUCAUUUGUAAAGAAAAACAAAACAAAACAAAACAAAACAUUAAAUUCAUUCACAUUAUAAAAUUAAAUAGCAAUUCGGAACUAUUCUCUGAUUGGUUAACGAAUAGCCUGCUAACAGCCAAUCAGUGGAGUUUAUGUGUUUGAAUGAGUCAUAAUGGUGACGUGGGUCUGAAGGGGUUAAUUGUGCUGAUUUCUGAGGUGGUGCUGAAGCUGAGAAGGAGGACGUUUAAUUCGUGAUGGUGCUUGAUCCCCCUUGGCUCGGCUGUCCCUCGGCGUGUAUAUGAUCUAGAGAAUUACAUAUGAAUAUUAACGAUAUUAAUCUCACAGCUUGGUGCUUAGAACAAAGUCUGUACAACCUGAAUGUCUUUGUACUGUAUCAGAUUAAAGAAUUCGUUUUUACCUUUUUUUUUCCAUUCCAUGAAAUGAAAUAAUAUGAGAUGUCGUGCUACCUGUGGAUGACGACUAUCAUAAUCGCUCUUCUUUACGAUCUUUUUAAUGAUGAUAUUUCUCUUGCAGAUUUCGAAGAGACUGUGGUUGGUUGCUUUCUCUCCACUCGUCUCUUGAGUGUUGAUUUUUUUUCCCACUCUUUAUGAUUUAGGAUUUUAUUGUAAAAGGUAAAAAAAGAAAGAAAGAAAGAGAGAAAGAAAGAAAGAAUGAAAGAAAAAAUAAGAAAAAAAAAACCUGAGCCAGACCUGUCUUAAACACCUGUGUGAUUUUUGUGUGUCAUAAUUGAUAUAAUAUUAAUAAUACCUAAGAUUGAAAAAAGAAAUAAAAGCAUUUUCAUAAAUUCAACAA